GCACACACACGAAAAAAAACGAGCAGACGGUGCCGCCGGGCGGUGGGCGGCGGGCGGUCGAGAUGCGACCACGCGACCCGAGGCGGUGAGCCGCCGGCCGGCCGUCCAUCGGCAUCGCCUUGCUUCGUCCCCAGGGCAGCUCCCGUGCCCAUGCCCGCGCACCCACCCACCUCCAACCACUCACUCCCUUCUCCCCCUUGCCUCCGUCGCCAUCGCCGUCUCCAACUCCAUCCAUGACUACCCAGCAGCAGCAGCUCCAGUCCACGGCCGCCUCCUCCUCCUCCCCACUACCACCGCCAUGGCCCUCCCUUAGGCUUAGGCUUAUUCUUGGACCCGCGCGCUCGUCGCCAUGGACGCCCUAGGCGCCGCGCUGCCGCGGCUGGCCCUCGCCGACGCCGACGCCGGGCCGGACGACGCGUGCGGGAGCCCCUGCUCCGUCGCCAGCGACUGCAGCAGCGUCGCCUCUGCCGACUUCGAGGGCCUCUUCUCUCCCUCCGGCGCCGACGCGGCCCCACCCUCGCUCCUCUCCGACGACCUGCCCGCGGCCGCCGCCGAGGCCGCGACGGUCCCCGGCGGCGCCUGCAGGAGCGUCUUCGCCCUCGACUCGCCGCCGCUCUGGGGGCUCGAGUCCGUCUGCGGCCGCCGCCCGGAGAUGGAGGACGCCGCCGCCGUCGCCCCGCGAUUCUACCGCGUCCCGCUCUGGAUGGUCGCCGGCGACGGCGCCGCGGUCGACGGCCUCGACCGCGCCUCCUUCCGCCUCCCCGCACACUUCUUCGCCGUCUACGACGGCCACGGCGGUGCCCAGGUCGCCGACUACUGCCGGGACAAGCUCCACGCCACGCUUGUUGAAGAGCUGCGCGCCGCAGAGGACCGUGUCGGCGGCUGCGACGACCUCAGCUCCCUGGACUCCAAGAAACAGUGGGAGAAGGCGUUCGUGGACUGCUUCUGCCGCGUGGACGCCGAGGUCGAGGCGCCGGACAGCGCGGGCUCGACGGCGGUGGCCGCAGUCGUCUGCUCGUCCCACAUCAUCGUCUCCAACUGCGGGGACUCGCGGGCGGUGCUGUGCCGGGGCAAGGCGCCAUUGCCACUCUCUUUAGACCAUAAGCCCAACAGGGAAGACGAGUACGCGAGGAUCGAGGCGCUGGGCGGCAAGGUCAUCCAGUGGAAUGGCUAUCGAGUUCUCGGUGUUCUUGCCAUGUCGCGCUCCAUCGGGGACAGAUACCUGAAACCGUACAUAAUCCCGGUCCCUGAGGUGACGGUCGUUGCCCGCGCGAGAGAGGAUGAGUGCCUCAUCCUCGCAAGCGAUGGCCUCUGGGACGUGUUGUCGAACGAGGAGGUGUGCGACGCCGCUCGCAAGCGAAUCCUACUGUGGCACAAGAAGAACGCUACCGCCUCCUCGUCCAUCUCCCGAGGACGAAGCGGCGGCGAUGGUGGCUCGCCGGAUCCCGCCGCUCAGGCGGCCGCCGAGUACCUAUCCAAGCUCGCCCUCCAGAAGGGGAGCAAGGACAACAUCACCGUCCUUGUGGUCGACCUCAAGGCGCAUAGGAAGUUCAGGAGCAAGACUGACAAUAACAACAGAUAGUUAUAAGCAACCUAUAGGAAGCUCAAGACCAAAACCUGAUGACAGUGACAGUGCAUAUACAAAUUAUUUUUUGUUUCAAAAGUAGUUAGAUUUGAAACAUGAAAAUCAUAUGCACAGAUUUUCUUGGAAAAAGUGCUUUUAGAAUAACAUAAUUGUGUUGAUCCUUGCACAUACACUGCAGUACAAACUAGCAGUUAAGUUAUAUUUUGAAGACCCAUGUCAAUGUUCAAAAUGUCACCUUCUCAUGUCGUCCC